AGUCUAAAGUUUCUCACAUCGCAGGAGCUUGCUAGAUGAAGGUCGGCAUGUUUCUUCUAAAAGCAGAGAAAUCAGAUCAGUCUGAAAUCAAUGAUACUGGUGCUGAAUAUGCCACCCUGAAAUCUGCCUCUUCCGCCUCAGGAUUAUCUUGAGCUGAUUAUUUCAAGAAACUGCAGACAUAGCAGAAGAUCCGAAAACUGAGUAAAAGUUACCUUUUGGUAAUGGAAAUCUACAUUAGAAAUGAAGCAUGCACCAGCAAGAGAGUGAUUGCCAGAUACAACUUUUUCACUUGAGAGUCUUAUCUGCAAGGUAUGAUCUCCAUUCCUUUGUACAUCCCUCACACGCUGUUUGAUUGGGAGUUUGGAAGUAGACUCUGUACUUUUUGGCUCAUUGUUGACUACCUUUUGUGUACAGCGUCUGUGUAUAACAUUGUUCUCAUCAGCUAUGAUCGAUACCAGUCAGUCUCGAAUGCUGUAUCUUACAGAGCUCAGCACACCGGGAACUUGAAGAUCGUGGCUCUGAUGGUGGCUGUCUGGGUGCUGGCCUUCUUAGUGCAUGGGCCAAUAAUUCUAAUUUCAGAGUCUUGGAAGAAUUCCAGCUUGAGGAUCUUGGAGAAGGAUUGUGAACCUGGAUUCUUUACCCUAUGGUACAUCCUCGCCAUCUCGUCAUUCUUUGAAUUCCUGGUCCCAGUCUUUGCCGUGGCCUAUUUCAACGUGUACAUUUACUGGAGCCUGUGGAAACGUAGCAAUCUCAGUCGAUGGCAAAGCCAGCCCACACUUACUUCUCCUGUCUCUCCCAGUAACUGUGGGUCCUCACUCACGGGUAGACUGUUUCGAAGAACAUCUCUUCCGGAACCGAAGGAAACAGCACCGUCUGCUCCUCUGAAAAGACAUGAAAGAAAGAGCAGCCUCUUGUUUUCUUUAAGAGCCCAGAUGAAUAGCAGUAUAAUUGCUUCCAAAAUGGCUUCCCUCACCCAUUCUGAUUCACUCUGUCCUCACCAAAGGGAACAUAUUGAACUGCUCAGAGCCAGGAAAUUAGCCAAGUCACUGUCCAUUCUCUUAGGCGUUUUUGCCAUUUGUUGGGCUCCCUAUUCACUGUUUACAAUCAUUCGUUCAAUUUACCCACUACACCAGCGUCCUCACAUAGUUGGGUAUGAAAUCACAUUUUGGCUUCAAUGGCUCAAUUCCUUUGUCAAUCCUUUUCUGUAUCCCUUGUGUCAUAAGCAUUUCCAGAAGGCUUUCUUGAAACUAUUUCCUAUGAAAAAGCAGUCCAUAUCAUCACAGACUCGGUCAAUGUCCUCUUAAAGGUAAUUUUAUCCUUUAUAAAAAUUUUAGUCUUAAUCUCACCUGCAUGAAUUUGAUGUGACUUUCAUUUUGCUCUUUCCACUCUACUAGGAAAGUCCAUAAAAUUGUAACACUUGAAAACUUAAAAAAAAAAAAAAAAAGAUUGGAGCCUGGAAGUCAAGGGAAAAUGAUCCUGGUGAAUAAUAGUACAGUUAGAUUUAGAUGACAAUGUUUUUGUAAACUCAUAGCCACAAAUCACUGUACCUUUCUUUCUCAUUGCCUCCUCUUUGUCUUUUAGAUCUCGAUAUAGCACUGAUGGUGAAAAUUAAGAGUUCUUGUUUUCUUUCUACAUUCAGGGUUUGCUAUAGCCUAAGUGAAUUUCCCUUUUUAUUUUAUAGUGAUGAAGAAUUCUCAAGUUUUGAAGAUGUUUUACCUAAGAUAUGCAAUAGAAAAGGGGGCUAUAUUCCCUUUUUGUUGGAGGUGGGCAACUCUGCUAUGAUCAGUGGGCAGGUGUGUUGGGGCUUGAGUUGAGAGGCAGGGAGCGAGGGUGGGCCCAGAUGGAAAAGUGGAAGGCAUGUGUACUUCCAGACUCUAUGUUCCUGAUCCCAGAAAAGAAGGAAGUGUGGGGAGGGAAGAGUAGGUAGUUGUAGCUCUUAGAUGUCCUUUGUGCCAUUAUCUGGGAGGCCCAGCAAACACAGGCUGAGAAGUAAGUUACAGACAAGCUCACCAUCUGGUUGAAAGGAUGACUUUCCUUCUUUCCUUCCUGCCCUUUUCUUCCAAAUUUCAUGUUGGCUAAAACCUCUGUGAGAAAAUAUGGAAGAAAGGGAAAGGCUAAGAGAUUAACAAAAGGACUGUGUGCUUAAACCUGAUGUACCUGGUAUAACAUUCACAGGACUAGUGGAUGUCAAUAAUUAUUAAUAAAAUAUACUUCUGUUUUUA